UGUCUCUCUCUAUAUAUAUAGUCACGGAGUAACAGUUUCACAUGCUUUCUCCUCCUCCACUAACCCUUCAAAUCAUUUCAUAUCAUAUCUAAUCAGUCUACAGCCAUGCAUCUGCGUAUUUCAUGACCUCACCUAACACCACUCUCUAAUGGCUACUCUGCUCAAAUUUACCAAAUACUACUCAUUGCUUAUUUGUAUAUUCAUUGUUGGAUUAUUAUGUGUGGAAGUGAAGAGUGAAGUUUCUGUUAACUUAAUCAAGAAACCUGAACCCAUCUCCAAUCUUCACUCCCCUACAUUUGCUUUUCAAGUUAAAAAUGCUGACUUUUCUUGCACCAAUUGUACCUCCAGCUGCAAGCUGGAUGAUCUUGUGCCAUCAAACUGUUCAUCUGGAGAAAUUUCUUACACUGAAUUGCGAGACGGGAACCAUACGUUUGAAGUGUGCAGCAACGGGUCUCAUCUGACCCGUUGUGCUACUUAUGACUGGACCAUUGACACUGUUCCCCCGACAGCAUACGUUACAGCAUCAACAUCCUUUACAAACGCUUCAAUCGUUUCUGCGUUUAUAAUUUUUAGUGAAUCCUGCAGUGGCAGUGGUGGUUUUGGGUGUUCAUCUGCAAAUGACUGCAGCCUUCUUGUUUAUGGUCAAGGCCAAGUUAUUCCAAACACUCUAAAAACCAUAAAGCCGAAUCUUGAAUAUUCUAUUUCAGUUAAUUUAUCUACAAACGUUGAUUACGGAAGAGUAGUGUUAGUAACAGACAGAUAUUUGUGUAGAGAUGCUGCUGGAAAUCAGUUUACACGAACUACGGGUUCCAGUUUCUUGGUUCAUUUUGACAGAAGACCUGUAUAUGUUGACCUGAGGACUCAUAUACCUGAGCAACUACUUCAACUCGAUAACAAUGUUAGAUCGGUUCAAGUGACUAACAAACACAAGAACUUGAAACUGUAUCUAUAUUUUUCCGAACCCAUAGUCAACACAUCAACCGAGGUCUUUAAUUCACUCAAAGUUAGUCAAGGAUCACUUGUUCCAGCCACCAGCAAUAACGAAAGCCUCGGAAACCGACGAUUCGGGUUUGAGUUUGUAGAUAUUCACGAUAUCGCCAUUGUCACCACCACGCUCGAUUCAGGAUCACUCAUAAGCAGACAAGGCACCCCGGUUUCACCCGUUGCACCAGUUACAUUUCUUUUUGAUUCUCAACGGCCUUAUGUGAGAUUAAGCACGACGACCCAUAUGAGGACACAAGAGGAGCUUAUCCCCGUCAUGAUAAAGUUCAUGAAGCCUGUUUUCGGAUUUAACUCGUCUCAGUUAUCUGUUUCCGGAGGACAUAUGCAAGGAUUUCAUGAAAUAAGUAAGAGUGUCUACAAAGUCGACAUUAAACCGACUGAAGAAUGGGUGAUAGUGCAAGUUCCAGAGAACGUAACAACAGAUGUUGCCGGAAACAAGAAUCUAGCAUCAAACGUCUUACGGUUUUUUCAUUAUUCUGUACCGGCUGCAUCGUUGGCGCUUUCCACCUCCGCAACCGCUGCUUUCGUGUUGACUGCUGUGGUUGCCACCCUGCUGACCGUUUCCACCGCUUCCCUCCAGAAUCACGGAGCAUUUGCAACUCCGUCACCAUUGUUAACUACGAGUCCCGCAAGGAUUCUUUUUCGAAUUGUAUGCCACAUUCAAAUCUUUGCGUUAUCCGGAUGGUUAGCGGUACCUUUACCUGUCGAGUAUAGUGAAUUUGUAAAGGGUUUAAGAUGGAGUAUCCCGUAUUUCAAACUCCCGUGGGAAUGUGGUUACGUGAAGCCCGUUUGGCCUAUGAAUCCACAUUCUUAUGGUCCUAGAACUGGUGAAUUUACGCGAAAUAAAGCCAAGAAUAUUGACAAAGUUGACUCGGUUUUUGGAUUGCCACUCACUGCAAUGGAGUAUAAGUCAUUUUUUGAGAGCCAAAAUGUGUUACCAGAGGCCGAAUAUAUAGGAGAUUUAAAUGAUUCACACGGGUGGACAGAUUUCAAACGGAGUAUGUUUUGGCUGGCGGUCAUGAGCGGCAGCUUGAUUAUUCUGCAUAUAUUGUUCCUCCUCAUACUUAAACUUAGAAAGAAAAAAGAGAAAGAAAACACUUACGUCUCGGUCAUUUUCCCAAGAUUUGAAAUCUUUCUGGUAAUUCUUGCGGUUCCAUGUGUUUCUGCAGCCUCAGCAUCCCUACUCAAAGGAGGAUCUGCUUUAGCGAUUACAGUUGGUGCUCUAAUACUAGGAACCGUAAUUUUCCUAAUACUAGCAUUGUUCAUGUUCCUUUCUGUCGGAAUCUCACUCGGUAAGCUACUUCAAUACAAAGAAGUUCAUCACGAAGAUCAAAAAAUGCAUUGGUACCAAGCACUGGUCAAGGUAACGUUAGGCCCCGGAAAACGCGGCCAAUGGACCUGGAUCGACCCGUCAAAUUCCAAAUGGCUAACCAUCUUAGGCCCACUAUUUGAAGACCUAAGAGGCCCACCAAAAUACAUGCUCUCCCAGAUUUCUGGAGCAUUAGAUUUCAACACAACCCGAAGCAGCAUAAUCGCAUCAGACGACGAAAACGAAGACGCAGAAGCACCCUUUGUCCAAAAAGUAUUCGGGAUCCUAAGAAUCUACUACAUUUUCCUUGAAUCAAUCAAACGGGUCAUUUUAGGAAUCUUGGUGGGUAUAUAUGCAAGAAACGGUUAUUCAGAAACACCCACGAAAACCUUACUAUGUGUCACUUCAUUCCAACUGUUUUUCAUGGUCCUCAAGAAACCCUUCAUCAAGAAAAAGGUUCAACUGGUAGAGAUCAUAUCAGUUUCAAGUCAAGUUGCAAUCUUUAUCAUUUGUUUGGUUCUUUUAAGGAAAAAUCUCUCAACCCAUGAUCAAACCAACGUCGGGAUCACCAUGCUGUGCUUGUUUCUACUCGCAUUCGUUGCACAAAUCUUGAAUGAGUGGAACUCAUUGAUCUGUCAAAUAAAACAACUUGACCCAGAUAAUAAAUCUUUAUGUACAGGUUUAAAAAUAGCGUCUUGGGGGAUUCUUUUGCUUUUUGUCCCAAUGAAAAGCAUUGAAGGUAAGUUUCCGUUGAAAGGGCAGAGAUAUGACGGUGCUCCAGCGGCAGAGGCGGUGCUGGCGCGGAGGUUUACGGGGUUGGGUACACCGGAGCGGCCGUGGAUGAAGCAGUUGAGGGAUUUGGCUAAGGGUAGUUUUAGUAGAGAUGGUACGACGGAUCCGUCGAGUAGUCAGACAAAGUGGAGCGGGUUUUGGAGUGGGAAGAGAAGUGGGAGUUCUUCGCAGGCGAGUGGGACAUCCAUGGAUAUGAAGGCGAAACCGAAAGCGAUGUAUAAAGAUUUUGAAGCUAUUUUUGGGUUGAAUAAGUGAUUUUUAUGUGUUUUGAUGAUCAUACUUUGGUGCUUAAUUGGAUUGUAAAUAUGAUUGGUUAUGAAAGAGAGGUUGGUUAACAUGUAACAACAAUUUGAAAGUUUGUUAAUUAAUUUUUGGAUAAUUGUCGGUUUUCCUUAUAA